AUGAUCCUACAUAAGAUUCCAAUCAUAAAAGCCUUGGCAAUGUCUCUAAUACCAAUAAAGGCGCUCCAUAAUGACCACUUGCAUACUGACCUUUCCACGCCACGAGAAAAUUUCUCAAAUUCCAAUGUGUAUAAUCAAUGCUUCCAACUCACUGGCAUUUCUCAAUACCCUCGCGAUACAAAGAUUCGGAUACAAAAAAUGACCAAUCCAAAGGUUUUCUUUGACAUACUAAUCGGCAAAGCGAAAGCCGGACGGAUCGUGAUGGAACUAUUUGCUGAUGUCACUCCAAAAACCGCUGAAAACUUUCGCGCGCUUUGCACGGGUGAAAAAGGACUUGGAAGUUGCGGGAAGGCAUUGCACUACAAAGGCUCAGCCUUCCAUAGAAUCAUCCCAAACUUCAUGUGUCAAGGUGGGGAUUUCACUAGAGGUAAUGGAACCGGAGGAGAAUCAAUCUAUGGUGCAAAGUUUGCAGAUGAGAAUUUCAAGAUCAAGCACACGGGUCCUGGGGUGCUCUCGAUGGCAAAUGCGGGACCCAAUACUAAUGGGUCUCAGUUUUUUAUUUGUACUGAUAAAACUUCGUGGCUUGAUGGGAAACAUGUGGUGUUUGGGAAGGUGGUUGAUGGGUAUAGUGUUGUGAAAGAGAUGGAGAAAGUUGGAUCGGAUGGUGGUGCGACUUCUGCAAAAGUUGUUAUUGAAGAUUGUGGAGAGGUUAAGGAGAAUUGAGAAAUUAGUUUUAUUUUAUUUGGUAGUUGUUCAAAGUUAUCAUAUUUUGUAGCUUGUUUUGUUUAUUACAACCUGCAAAUGGAUCUUUUUAUCGUUUUAAAGUUUUUGUGAAACACGAAUAAAAAAAGGAUAUGUUUCUCAAGUAUUAUCAUGUUGUAUACCCUUUCUGAUGCAUUUCAUCGAACACCUUCUGUGCUUGACCAAGGUUGAACUAGAAGUUUCACAAAACCUAUGAAUCAGAUACAUCUGCUUUCUUACAUGCCCCUGAAGAUGCACGCUCUCAUCUGAUUGGAGUUUUUUGUUACCCAAAUCUGGAUUAAUUUGUAAUCAUGCAUUAUUUCAAGCCCAGAAAUGGACAGAUUAGAG